CCUACAUCUCUCCACCCUCCGCCUCCGCAAUCCUCUCCGCAUCCUCCAUCGCGCGGAAAAUCAGCCUGAGGUUUCCGUAUGCGGAGGUCUGUGUCGGGGAAAAAGGGUUGAGGUUGGUUAACCUGUAUUUGGAUUAUUUGUUGAGGCGGAUAUUGGGUGCGGCGGCUAAACACCAGGUGGAGACGGGAAUUGGGGUGAGGGGGGUUACGGAGGGGCUUAAGAUGGUUUUGCCGGACAGGGUUGCGAGGGAGGCAUGUGCAGACGGAGAAGCAGAACUCAAAACCUACCUUGGCGCAAAUAUCGAAGAUGACCUCACUCCCUCUCCUUCUCCUUCAACUGGAGAUGUUGAGGACGUUUUCGACGUCCAGAAAGCGUGGGAGUACGCGCGGUUGAAGUGUAUGAUCUACUCCACCAUCGGCGACGUAGAGGAGGAAUACGUCAACUUCAUCCUCGGCCCCGAACACGCUCUUCCCCCCGCCAGCGAGCCAACGGGUCCGAACGACAUCACCCCCGCCGCCGCGAUCUUUUUGACUGCCGCACUCGAACUCGUCGGCGAGAACCUCCUACUCACCGCGAUCCGCGCAGCCCGAAACCGCGUCCGUUCCGCGAAUAACUUGCAAUUCAUGGGUGCAGAAGGCGGCGGUGUGCAAUUUUUCAUCGAGGAGCAGGAUGUCGCCAAAGGCGCCACGAGCUCCGACGAGAAAGCAAAGCGACUCUGGGCUGAUUUCGUGGAGGACUCGCAUAACGCCAUCCCGACCGUGACGAGCUCUGUGGUGAGGAAGGAGCCAGAGGUUGUACCUCUGAGGCCGGCGGGGUUGAGUCCGAUUUUUGAGGAGGCGGGGACGUUUGAAGGGGUGGGUGUUGGCGUAGGUGUGGGUGCGUUGCCUAGUCCACCGAUUUCUGCGCAUUCGAGUGGGAGUCUGGGUCAGCAGAAACAGUUUGUGGGGCAGCAGACGCUUCAGGUUCCGGGGAUUCAGUUGGCGCCGCCGACGCCGGGGAGUGAGGAAGGUCCUUUGACCCAAAGUCAGGGUCAACUCGCUGGCGGUCGUGGUACGGGUCUCGGAUUCGAUUUCGGUGGUUUCCGCGACGCGCUUGGUGGGUGCGAGGCCUCCGCAGGGGGGAUGAGGGAAAGCGGUAUGUUCGAACCCAUCCGGGAUUCAAUUUAUCGCGGACCAGUGGAAGGAAGUGUCGAUGCUGCAUUCACCGAGAUGGAGAAUGACUUGAGGGGACAGCAGGCCGUUGUCACGGAUGAGCAUAUGGAGGAGGAAGUGUUUGUUAGUACGAGUAAUGAUUUGGUUGAAGGGGAGCCUGUGACGCCCGUGAUGCAGACUGGUCCGUUCGUUCAUCAACACGAUUCAGACUAUGUUCCGUAUCGGAAGAGCUCGAUUGUGGUCUCGGAUGCGGAUUUGGAGAGCGAGGGCGAGAGGCUCCGACAGCAUAGUUUUGCGAGUCUCGUGGGAAGUGAUGAGAGGAGACCGAGUGCGAUUGAUAGUGAGAUGACGGAGAGUGAUGUGGAGGAUGUACAGGUUUUCACGGCACACGUUGCGAGCAUCGCGAAGGCGGAGGUUACACUCUCUCCCUCCGGUGCGAGGACUGUGAGUUCGCAUCGGUCUAGUGAUAAUGAUUUGCGGGAACAUCAUCGUGGGCAUGGGUUUGUUCAGGAUUCGCCGACGAUUGUUAGGACGAUGAGUCGGAGUCGGGAUACUGUUGACAGGCCUUUAUCGCCGACGCUUUCUGAGCGCUCGUGGAAGAGUCCGACGAAGAGUAUUAAGAUGUUGCUGAAGCGUUCGCCUGAGCUUAACGGGGAGGAGUGGGGCGCGGACAUGCGGAGAUCUGGAUCGAGUUCUAGUUUGGGGAGGAAGAGUGUGUUGGAGGUAGACGAAACACCCGAGCAAGCCGCGAAGAGGUUGGAGUUUGAGGCACUAUUGGCUGCGGACGAGACGAAGAAGAUUACGCUGAAUAUUGGGGAGUUGAAGAAGAUUGAGACGCAGAAAUUGUCGACGAGUCCGAGGCAGAUCCCGAGGAGUCCGUUGGCUGUUGCGGAGGAGGAUGAUGAUGAUCCGUUUGUGGACUCGCUGAGGAAAGUACGGGCGGCGCCGACUGAGAAUCUUGCCAAGUUUAUUCGCAGUACUGGGCCGGACGGGGAGGUUAUCAGCCAUGAGGUUGUCGUGACAUCACCGAUCAUCUCUUCGCCGGGUACGCCGAGAUCUGUUCCGCUUAUUGCGCCGCCUACGGUGGUUAAUCCCAUCCCGUCGCCGGCAUUGCAAAGUCUCAGUCCCAACCGUACUGCGCCGAAACGUUCGAUUGCGGAGAUUCGUGCCGCAGCUGGCCUCGCACCUCGUGAGCCAACUGUGCAAAAGCGCGAGUUGACAUAUGACUUGGCCGACUUCCUGCGGAGCACCGAUCCUACAAAUCUCAAACCAGCGGAUCUUGCAGGGCCGAGUAAGACUAGUCCCGCUAAGAAGCAGGUCUCCUUCACGCAUGAUACCGCUACGUUGGCUAGUGCUAGCGCGGAGACGGAUUCUUUGUCGAGUGUGCCUACGUUCGGGAGUAAUAGCUUUUACCAGGCGAAGCGGAUUUCGGAGGAUGCGAAGACGACGAGCUCGUCCGUGGCGACGACACCUAUUUUGGCGCAAAGUACUGGCAAUCCGAACUCGCCGUCGUUGAAGUCCACGAAGUCGAUGUCCCAAAGUGUUCACGGUUCGCCGGCGUCGACCUCAUCUAAGCGAUUCGCGAACAAGUCAAGGAUGCCGCAGAAUCGCAAUAUGGUUCCACGGGCGCCGACUAAGGACCUGGAGGAGGACGAGAAUGAUUCUGCGAUGGACAGUGACGAAGAGUUAUUUGGGGAGUAUUCGAGGAAGCCAAGGAAGCUUGCCUCGAAAGAUGAGAGUUUGGCUGACUUCUUGAAGGAGAUGCCAUUGCCCUCAUCUUCGUCACGAGCCUUGCCGACGCCGGUUGCAGAACCAGUGAAGAAGAGCAAGGGGCUGUUUGGGUCGAGAAGAGGAAAGAACGACUCUCCGAAUAAGUCGAAGAGUCAGCCGCUCGUCUCACCCAGUGCAGAGGUGAUGUUGGGGCGUUUCAAGUAAUUGCCAUGGGGGCUUCACGCUGGAAGUGAGGUUUUUUUGU